AUGUUCGUGUUUGCUGCUGAACUGCUGAAGGAGCUGACAGGCAUAGCCAAAAUACUCAACAUCUGUGCUGAGAAAGUGAAGGAUCACCCUGAGUAUGUGUCCAUUUUGAAUGAGGCACUUAAAAUUUGUAGGCUUCCCUUCCUGAAGGAGAAAGCAUCUGAUGAGGUGACCUACGCUCAGGACGUCAUAGAGUUCCUCUCCCACAUGGGGUGUCUGAUGAGGGUGUCAGAUGCUGCAGUGAGACAGCAGAUAGUUGAAUCUGUGAAAUCAUUCUACAGCUCUGUGGCUCCUAAACAGCAGCCUGACGGGCUCCAGUCGACCUCUCCAGGCUACAGGCUGCAGCUGCUGGAGCUCAGUGACCUGGCUCAGACGCUGCUUCUCUCCAUGGCCACGCUAAAGACCCAGCCCGCCAUCAAGCUGCAGCUCCUGCAGACCCUUCAGAUCCUCUCAGGCUCCUCUGAUAUGAACUGUGCCUUAAUUCUGAAUGCACACGGAGCAGAGACGAUCUGUCUUCACAUGAACGAGCCCGACCCGUCCGGUCAGGUCCUGUUCUGCUCCUCUGAAAUCCUCUGGAACCUGCUGGAGAGAGGCAGGAAGGACGAGGUCACCGCUCAGCUCAGCAGCAUGGAGUGUGUUGUAUCUCUGAAAGAAGCAUUUUUUCACCUGCUGAUGAACGGCUUCCAACACGCUGACCUCCAACUCAGAAACGAUCUGCUCGUGAUCACAACUCUCAUCGCUGAAAACCCCAACUCUCUGCUCAUUGUGAUGAAAACUCAAAACCCUCUGGUUCGCAACCUGAAGCUCAGCUACAGCAACGAGGAUCUGAAAAUGAAGAAGCUGCUGUUGAAUCUGUUGGUUAUAAUGUCAAAGGAUUUUUCUGCGCUGCAGCUCUAUAAAGAAGAACAGGUUAUGUUGGCUCUGCUGACGCUCGUGAAGCCGCCCGCUGCCUCGUCCGAGCGCCGCUCCGGUCUGCGUCACUGGUCCUCCGUCCAGCAGGAAGAGCUGCAGCUGCAGGCGCUCGCCACCCUCGCAACCAUCGCUCCACUCAUGUUGGACAACUACAUGUCAUGUCAAGGAAACGCGUGUCUGCUGCUGCUGCUGGACUGGUGCAUUGGGCAAGAUGCUUUCUUUGGUCAGGGUCACGGUUUCCAUGGCGCCGGAGGCAGAGGGAGUAAAAAGGCUCAGAUGCGACACUGUAUCAGAGUCCUCAGAUCUGUGACGUCUUCAGGUGAAGAGUCGGUCAACCAGGACCUCUGUGAUCAGGGAACCAUCAAUCAGCUUCUGGGGGUUUUGAUGCAGAUGGAGGCGAGUCCUGAUGAGGAGGAUGACAUCACACUGGAGAUAAAGUCAGACAUUCAGCUCAUACUGUCAGCGCUGUGUGAGGCCGACAUGCACAGGAAGGAGCUGUUUGGGUCGGAGGGAGUUGAGAUGACACUUCAUUUCCUGAGGAAAGACUCCGACAAGUUCUACAGCGGCCUGGGACACAACAAGCUGCUCCUCUCCACGGUCGACUGUGUGUGGUCCUGUGUUGUGGGCUGCUACACCACUGAAGAUUUCUUCCUGGUGAGAGAAGGAGUUUCUCUUCUGCUUGACUUACUCACUUGGAGCCCCAGGUGUGUGCACGGCAUCGUCCUCGCCACCCUGCUGGAGUUAUGUGACAACGCCAACACUCCGUCUCACAUCCUGAGCUGGAGGGAUGAUGGAGGUCAGACGGCUCCCAGGCUCCUGCUGCAGCUGUGGAGGCGGGAGGAGGAGGAGCUGGGCGUCGGCCGGAGCCAGCACGGAGAGAUUACAGAUCCCCAGAGGCCGAUCCUCAGUCACCACCAGCAGGAGAACACUCAGCCGCCACUUCCUGCUAACAGAGCGAGCGCAGCGGUGCUGGAGAUAUCAGAGAACCUGCGCUCCAAGAUUUACUCCAUCUUCUGCAAACUUGGUUUUCAGGAGCUGCCCGGGCUGUCGCCUAAAGAUUAUGUGACUUUGAGUGUCGUCAGGAGAUAUCUGGACUUUAAGGUGGGCGAGGUGUGGGACGAGAUCAGCAGGGAGCUGAGUGUGGACGGCGUGAGGCCGGUCAGUCCUGACCGGGAGAGUCUGAGCACCAUCUGUAAGAUCGCAGAGGACACUGCCAAGAAGGUCACAGCCGAACAAAGCAGCUUCCUGGAGCAACAGGAGAAGGAGAACGUCAGCGAGGAGGAGCUCAUGUACACGGAGUUAAAGUCUCAUUGGAAGCAGCUGGAGCUCACAGCGAAGUCAUGGAACGAUUACGUUUCCAAAACUUCAAACUAUGAAAUCCUGAAGAACUUCAUGGGGCAGGUCUUAGCGGUGGAGACCACAGGAGCUCAGGGACCUGCAGGAGUGAAGGUGACUCUGGCCAGAGCUGCGAUCAGGGCUGCAGGUCCGGACCACGUGGAACCAGCGACACAAGACCCAGAAUACUUCAGCACCGUAUCUGUCAAAGACUGA